AUGAAAAAGUUAAUUAUAAGCUUGUUACUAGCAACUUUUGCUAUUAUUGCUUUAUGUGCAGCAGAAGACAAUCCCAUUCAUGUUGACAAACCGCGUGCUGCACUAAAACCAAUUCGAACGAUUCCUCCAAUUAUCAUUGAUCCAAGUAUUUUUUGUUUAUUAUUUCCAUUGCCAGAUAGGUGCAAUCCAUGCAAAUAUGGUCAACCAAUCAGAAAUGUGACUUGUGGACAAGGACAAAGAAGAUGUGCAGCCAAUGGUGGUACAUGUAAAAUAAAUCAAUACGAUAGAGCUUAUUGUUGUCCAAAUGAGCAUCCAGGUUGUUGUCCAUUGGUAGUAUCCUCACCUGUUAUUAUUGGACGUCCUUCUUUUUGCUUUCCACCAUGUAUAACAGAUGCUCAAUGCAGAAGUUAUCAAAAAUGUUGUGGAAGUUGCCGACGAUGUGUCAAUGCCAUACUCACAUAA